UGGUGGUAGUAGCAAAUAUUCAAACGAGAACAUUGGACUGUCUGUGAAUCAACUGAGACAUCUCUGCCAUGGCCGUGGACAGUGGUCAGAACCUAGUGCUGCCAGCACUGGGCCGGCCCUGUAUGGGGUUGCUCUACGACUUUCGCAAAGACUCACUGAUCCCCGCUUUGACAUAUUGGGACCGGGAGCCCUUAGAGAAAGAAGAAGAUGAAAGACCCCAACCCAACAGUGACCAAGCUGAAGCUUCAGUGAAAGCCAGUUUUCUAUGCGAACUGGUUUGGGUAGAAGAUUCGUCAACAUUCCUCUCAGAUUGUACGAUUUCCUCAAAUCAGUCUAGAGUGACCAAUAAAUAUAAUAAGCCUUACGAGUUUGAGUCUGGAAAAGCAACACACGUAGAGAAAGGUAUCCUUUAUGGGGCCUACUUUGUGUUUGACCAUGAGGUGUCAGAAAAGGAAGAUCGGCAAGAACGGAAGGGCAAAUUAACGGGGAUGUAUAAUAGGACAAAGAUGGAGGGCCAAGAUUCUCUGAUGGGAGACACUCACAUUGCAAAUGUUGAAAAGUUCUACCACAAAUUCCAUGGGGACACAUAUCACUACAAACCCAAUCAAAACGUAUCUAAGUGGUUGGGAAUAAACAGAGAGAACGCAGUGCCUCAGAAGGUCUGGUUAAAACCACUGAAGAUUCAGAAUCUGUAUUCUGAUGACUUUCAACUGGUUCAACAGAUAGGGGAAAUAUUAAUCAACGAUGCUCAGAAUGCCCUGAAGGUUCUCCAGCAGAUGGAAGAUGGGUUAUUCAAUAUCCAGGCAUACCCACAGAUUACCAAAGAUUUCGCAAGACUGGUUUCAAAAUCUGUAUCCAAAUUGGAGACCCUUAUCAAAUCAACGAGUCGGAUUGCACCCGUACCUAAUUUCAAAGAAAUCCUGAAAGAGUUACUGUCUUCCCUCUACCUGCAGAGAAAAUUUGAAAUCCUUUGCACUUUGAAUGACAUAAUGCCCAACAUGGCGAUCAUCACCAGUUACAAAGAUCUGCAACUUGAGGUUAAAGGAGACAGACCUACUGUGUGCUUGGUUUUGCCCUCCUUCGUUGAAUCAACCGGACAACACGAUUUGUUAAUUUCAGAAGUAAUGGACAAGGUCCUAGAGAAGGCAAAGCUCUUCAAAGAUUUUGCAGAGGCAAACAAGGAGAACGAAAACAUCAAGUUUCUAAUAGCUGCGAUAAGUGAUGAUCGGAAAAAUCGUGCAACUCUCCACCUCUACAAGAAUGGCUCCUUAGACAACGACGAUUUUGAACCACCUUCGAAGCCAGAGAUGACCCUAGGUGACAUAACCCAUAACAGUGUAACACUGAAUAUUUCCCCACCUCAAUUUGGGUUAACAACUGUCACCCACUACACUGUAGAGUUCCGUGCCCGUGGUUGCACUACUUGGUAUAGACGAAAAGAGAAUAAGGCUGGACAUGUCACAGUGUUAGACUUGCAGAUGAAUAAAGAGUAUCAGUUCAGGUGUAAAGCCAACUGCGCAGUCGGCCUCAGUCAGGCCUGUGAAGCUUUAAUUAAAACCUUACCAUACAGUCCUCAAGAAAAAUUGCAAGUGGAACGUCAUUCUACAGAUUUAUCAGUCAGCUGGGAGAAACCAACCGAGCUAGGGCAUGGAGUAGAGAUCAAGGAUUACAUCGUAGAAUAUGCUGAAACAUUUUCAGAACAGAAACAUGAAGAACUGACAUGGAAAAAACUACAAUUCCAAGGCAACAGAGUCACAAUCAGUCUGCAGCCAUCGACGUCCUACACUAUCAAAGUCAGAUGUGACACUGGACAUGCAGGCCUUGGCAUAGAAUCUGAAGUCUCGCGGACAAACAAGCGGGAAUCUGGGAUCCAAAAGAUAAAAAAAUUAAGCACAUUUAUGGAAGGCCGUGCUCCUGAAGUUUUCAGGUUACCCCUUGAGAGAAACAAUAAUGGGAUAGAUGGAUCAGAGAGCUACACAUUUGGCCAAAACAACAUGAAGCAAAAUUACACAAUUAUGUUUCUGGGCGAAACAGGUUCAGGGAAGUCAACUCUGAUCAAUGGAAUGAUCAACCACAUCCUGGGCAUAGAUUGGACAGACUCUUUCCGCUUUAAAAUAAAAGAUGAGGGCCCGUUGAAGUCACAAACAGAAAGUCAGACAACCCACAUUACUGUCUACAAAGUCAACCAUCAAGAUUGGUUCAAAAUCCCUUAUUCUGUAACCCUCAUUGACACUCCGGGUUUCGGCUCCACAAGGGGAAAAGAGAGUGACUGGAAGUUCACAGAGAAGAUCAGCAGUUUCUUGAACUCGGCAAAGGGAGUCUUGAAGAUAGAUAAAGUUUGUUUAGUCACCCAGGCUUCUCUAGCAAAACUAACACCUGCACAGAAGAAUGUCUUUGAUUCAGUAACGUCCAUCUUUGGUAAAGACGUGGCAAAGAAGAUUUGCAUGCUGGUCACAUUUGCAGACGGUCAGCUGCCUCCUGUUCUCGAGGCAAUCAACGCUUCCAAUGUUCCAUGUCCUAAAACCAAGAAUGGACUGCCAUUGCACUUCAAAUUCAACAACUCUGCACUGUUUGCGGACAAUAGAUCUGUCCAUGACAGAAUUGAUGAAGACUGUGAUGAAGGCAUGGAUGUUGAGCCCGUUGAUGAAAUGUUUUGGAAAAUGGGGGCCAAAAACAUGAAUAGAUUCUUCACUGCCUUGGAGAAAAUGACCAAUCAAUCAACCAAAGAGUUUCCCAAUGAGCAAAGUCCGUUGGAGGCUGAGGAAAAGGAGGGUAUCCCGGCACAGAACUGGUGACAAUGAAAGGAAAACCAGCCAACAAGAGAAGCUCAACAGAAGAGAGGAAGAAUCAUUCACAGUCAAAAAAAGACGAGCAAGAAAGAAGGUUUUAUUAUUUUAAUCAUUUGCAUUGUUAAAUAGAGAAGUCUGAUAUUUUGAUAGUGCAGUAAAUAAAUAGCACAGGUAUAAGAAUGAUCAACAAAUAUUCAUUUAUGUUAGUAUUUUACUGCUAUUGUGUUCGCUUCAGCUCUACUAGUUUCUGCUGUGAUAUAAGUAUUUCCACAAUUUGGUACAUAAUUUGAACAUAUGUAACCGUCCCCUCUUAUGUUUUUGAACUUUAAAAAAAAAUAUAUAUAUAUUAAAUAAAUAUUAGAAAGAUUUAAUUGACAAGCUUAUUUAAAUUUUUAUACAAGAAUGGAUUCUCAAAACCUUACCAUUAUCAAUAUUGGAAGUAUUGACAAACCUGUAUUGGUUCCGAUCCAUCCAUCCCUUACUACCACCCUAGGUGAUGGCAACAAUCAGCCAAAAUCACAGAAAAUUACAUCCUUCUUUUUCUGCUAAAUGAACUAAUUUAAAGCUUGGUCGAUCAUAUAAUAAUACAGAGGUUGUUGAUGAAAACAGAGUAUGGAAAUUAUGAUAAAUAAUUGUUGGGUGUAAAUGUGAUUAUGAAUAUGUUUACCCUUUGUUUAUGAAUAUGUUUAACUUUAGUUUCAUAAUUAUUUAUUAUGUUACAAGAACAGAGGCCUUAAAAACAUGAUGAAAUUAUGAAAAAAGAGCAAGGAAAUUAUGAUCAAUAAUUGUUGGGUGUAAAUGUGAUUAUGAAUAUGUUUACCCUUUGUUUAUGAAUAUGUUUAACUUUAGUUUCAUAAUUAUUUAUUAUGUUACAAGAACAGAGGCCUUAAAAACAUGAUGAAAUUAUGAAAAAAGAGCAAGGAAAUUAUGAUCAAUAAUUGUUGGGUGUAAAUGUGAUUAUGAAUAUGUUUACCCUUUGUUUAUGAAUAUGUUUAACUUUAGUUUCAUAAUUAUUUAUUAUGUUACAAGAACAGAGGCCUUAAAAACAUGAUGAAAUUAUGAAAAAAGAGCAAGGAAAUUAUGAUCAAUAAUUGUUGGGUGUAAAUGUGAUUAUGAAUAUGUUUACCCUUUGUUAAUGAAUAUGUUUAACUUUAGUUUCAUAAUUAUUUAUUAUGUUACAAGAACAGAGGCCUUAAAAACAUGAUGAAAUUAUGAAAAAAGAGCAAGGAAAUUAUGAUCAAUAAUUGUUGAGUGUAAAUGUGAUUAUGAAUAUGUUUACCCUUUGUUUAUGAAUAUGUUUAACUUUAGUUUCAUAAUUAUUUAUUAUGUAACAAGAACAGAGGCCUUAAAAACAAUAUUAACAAAAGUAUAAUCAUUAGCUGUAUGCUAUCGCUCAUCUUACACUAUAUAGAACAAUUUUGAAAGAUUGAAAAUGGUCUGUGUUGCCUAUUUUUUUAUUAAUUCAAGUUUUUAUUAAUCCCAGUUUCCCAGUUGUAAAUUUAGGUCAUGAAAUUACCAGCAGGGGAGGACAACUGUCAAUGUGUUUUUGCAGGAACACUGUGAAAAUUGAAAUUGAAAGAUUAUAUCUCUAUCUCUGCUUA